AUGGAGGACAACACUGCUGCAAGGAACCACAUCCAUUCCAACCCAGCUUUUGAUAUCUCAGUUAUGGAAGGAGGGUCCAAGUUCUUCGAUGAUGAUGGCCGUCCCAAAAGGACUGGAAAUGUUAUGACUGCAAGUGCUCACAUAAUUACUGCCGUCAUUGGUUCUGGGGUUCUGUCAUUGGCUUGGGCCAUUGCUCAGCUUGGCUGGGUUGUUGGUCCUGUUGUGAUGGUCAUGUUUUCCAUAGUGACUUACUACACUUCAUGUCUUCUCGUUGCCUGCUAUCGUGAUCCAGUCACCGGAAAUAGAAACUCUACUUACUCGGCUGCUGUUAAAAACCACCUUGGUGGAUUUAUGUACAAAGUUCUUGGAAUUGUUCAGCGUAUUAAUCUUUACGGAAUCACCAUUGGCUACACCAUAACAGCAUGUAUAAGCAUGGUUGCAAUACGAAAGAAUGCCUGCGUGCAUAAGCAUGGUGAAGGAAAACGAUGUCUGAUAAACAGCAAUCCCUAUAUGAUUGCUUUUGGCGUCAUAGAAAUUAUAUUAUCUCAAAUUCCAAAUUUUGAUAAAAUGGCGUGGCUAUCUACUGUUGCUGCAAUCAUGUCAUUUACAUACUCAGGGAUCGGACUUGCCCUUGGAAUUGCUAAAGUUGCAGAAAUUAAAACAAUCAAGGGAAGUCUUACCGGAGUAACCAUUGGAGUUCAAGUGACUCAAACCGAAAAGAUUUGGAGGAUCUUCCAGGCACUUGGUGACAUAGCUUUUGCUUACUCAUUUGCUAUCGUCCUCAUUGAAAUUGAGGACACGGUUAAAUCUCCACCAUCAGAAGCCAAGACAAUGAAGACAGCCAGUAAAAUAAGUUUAUCAGUGACAUCCAUUUUCUACAUUUUGUGUGGUUGCUUAGGUUAUGCUGCUUUCGGAGAUUUAGCCCCCGGAAACCUCCUGACAGGUACAGGCUUCUCUAAUCCAUCUUGGCUCAUUGACAUAGCCAAUGCUGCCAUAGUUAUCCAUCUUAUUGGAGCAUACCAAGUCUUCAGCCAGCCCUUUUACGCAUUCGUUGAGAAGAAAGCAGCACAGCUUUACCCAGAUAACCACUUCAUCACAAAAGACAUCGAAAUCAUGUCCUACAAGCUUAACCUUUUUAAAGUGGUCUGGAGGACGCUAUAUGUGAUUUCGACAACUUUGUUAUCGAUGAUCUUCCCGUUCUUCAAUGGCGUGGUUGGAUUUCUUGGGGCUUUAGGGUACUGGCCAAUGACAAUCUACUUCCCUGUGGCAAUGUACAUUGCUCAAAAACAGAUACCAAAGUGGAGCACAAGAUGGGUUUGCCUCCAAGUUCUAUGUCUUUCUGUGCUAGUAAUAGCUUUACUAGCUGCUGUUGGCUCGAUUGUUGGCGUGGUGGAAAGUCUCAAAGAUUACAAGCCAUUCAUGACCAGCACUUGAUAUGUUAGUGUUACUUUCUAGCUAUACAGUAUGUAUGUUAUUCA